GGCAACUAUUUUACUUUAUUUAUGCUGCUGCUGAUCUUUGUCAUCAGUCAGGUCGCCAUCACCGGAAAUGAUUACUGGACCUCAUAUUGGACUACUUUGGAAGAAAUCAGGCGUACCGGAAAUAUUAAUGGCACCAAACAGUUCGAGAACAUGUACAAUAACAGCUUUCUUGGAUCAAUCUUCACAUUAAAUCCAGACGGCCUGCUCAGCACUAUGGAUGCCAUAUAUGUAUACACGUUCUGCAUCAUCGCCUGCACGGCUAUCACACUGAUUUGCAGUUUCUUCUUCAUGAAGGUCUGCAUGACCUCAAGCUGCAAUCUUCACAACACCAUGUUCUCCAAUCUGCUGCAGGCGCGCAUGUCUUUUUUCCACACCAAUUCCUCCGGAAGAAUUUUAAACAGAUUUUCAAAGGACGUGAGUGCCAUGGACGAGUUGCUGCCCAAAAAGACGUUAGAAACGAUUCAGAUAUUUCUCUCAAUUUGCGGUGUAAUUGUAAUAGAGAUUAUAAUUAAUCAAUGGAUGCUGAUACCGACAGUGUUUGUAGUUGUCCUAUUUUUCUUCGUGACGAAGUUCUACCUAAAAAUCGUUCAGAAUAUGAAACGUCUCGACGGCAUAACAAAGAGUCCAUUGUUUUCACACGUAAAUGAGACGUUGAACGGUCUGUCGACGAUCAGAAGCAGCGGCAAUGAAAUCGAGAAGAUGAUGCGAAAACAAUUCGAUGUGUUGCAAGACCGUCACAGCGGCGCAUGGUACCUCUUCUUAGCAUCCUCGACGUCCUUCAUUCUCUUUAUGAAUCUAAUCAUGAGCCUGUUUGUCGCUUAUAUUUGCUUCUCUUUAGUACUGAUGAAUAAGAAUG